GGAAGACAUUCAAAUGAAUUCUUAAAAAUGACUCUAUUUUUUUUAUUUAUCAAUCUUAUUUUUUUAUCGUGAUUUAUCAAUCUUAUUAGUCAACUUUCUUGUAAAAUACAUAAUAAUUAAAAUAAAUAAAAUUAGAAUCACCUAUUUUGAAAUUACUUAAAAUCAAAAUUUUGAAAAUCUUGACAUACAUCCAUGAUGCAAAAGUUUGAGGCGGGGACCGCCAUGGUCCACAGCGAUAAAAUUCUCAGCCCACCAUGGAAAAAUCAGAAAAGGUAAGGAUUUCAGAAUUAGCAAUGCUACUAAUCGACAUAAAGUGAUAAAGAUGCUUCUUCAAUAAAGAUUAUUGAAUAAGACGCACUGAAAGGCGCCAAAUUGGUCUGGAUUAUUAGGGACUCCCGUAGAAAGGCUACAUCAAUUGCAUUCCCAUUUCUGUCCAUUGGAAAUUACAAAGAGUUCUCUACAAAUUUAGUUUCUGCGUGUAAUGAAAGCUUUGGUAAUCUAGUGCUGUAAUUAAACGUUUAUUAUAAACCACACAGCAUUUCUCUUCAUCAAUAAUUUUAUCAAACUAGGGUGAAAUAUGACAAACGUGCUGACUUCACAUGCUAAGGUGUCAAAUUGGGGUUCGCCCACAUUUGUUAAUUUCCAGUUCAGGUUCUUUUUUGUUUUUAUAAUCAUUUUUGUGUUUUAAAGUGAUCAUUUUUACCAUCAAAAAACUAUUUGGGGUUGCCAAUUUGGUUUUCACACCCUCAUUUCCUGAAAUUCUGCUUUCUUUCGGACAAAAAAGGGAAAGGUUGCAGACUUUCAGUUAACAUUCUAAAUUAAGUUUGAUCAACCAUUUUCAGAGUUAAGGGAAAGGUUGCCAGUUCACUGUCCAAGCAAAGGUUUGUCUGGUGGUUGAUGAUCCGGAAGGGUCCUGGUUUCUCAGAGAAUGGCAGAGAAGGAAGAUAUAUUUCUUUCUGAUAAAGGGAAAAUCCCUUUUUCCAUAUUCUUGAGGGGUGCAAGAUCAGUUUUCAAGUUAGAUGAGUUGGGUGUUGAAAUAGCUAGGAUUGCAGUCCCCGCAGCACUUGCUUUGACAGCUGAUCCUAUUGCAUCUCUGGUUGAUACUGCUUUCAUUGGCCAGUUAGGUGCAGUAGAACUUGCUGCUGUAGGAGUUUCAAUAGCUGUGUUCAACCAAGUAUCUCGGGUUGCAAUCUUCCCUCUCGUCAGUGUCACUACCUCUUUUGUUGCCGAGGAAGAUACUAUCACGAGAGACAGUUCAAUCCCACAGGACCCUGAAAGUGCUGAUAAUGGUGGAUCAAUGCCGGUUGAAAGCAAAAGGUUGAUUCCUCAAAAUGAUUCUGAAGAGAGUGGAAAUGGAAAUGAACCAAUUGCAAACAGCUUUGAAGUAGUAGCUCCUAACAGCACAAAGCGGCACAUCCCAUCAGCCUCAUCAGCUUUGAUCAUUGGGGGCAUCCUUGGCAUCAUCCAAGCAAUACUUUUAAUAGCAGGGGCAACUCCCGUGCUAAAAUUCAUGGGGAUAAAAUCUGGCUCACCAAUGUUAAAACCUGCACAACAGUACUUAGCAUUGAGGUCACUUGGGGCUCCAGCAGUUCUUCUCUCUUUAGCCAUGCAGGGGGUUUUUCGGGGAUUUAAGGACACAAAGACUCCACUCUUUGCAACCGUGGUGGGAGAUUUAACAAACAUAAUAUUGGAUCCUAUCUUUAUCUUUGUUUUCGGAUUAGGUGUUAGAGGUGCGGCUAUUUCCCAUGUCAUUUCUCAGUACCUUAUUUCGAUCAUACUUUUUUGGAGAUUAAUGGAGAAAGUUGAUUUAAUGCCCCCUAGUCUCAAAGGCCUGCAAUUUGCUCGAUUUCUUAAAAAUGGUUUUCUGUUAUUGAUGAGGGUGAUAGCUGUUACAUUUUGUGUAACCCUAGCUGCAUCAUUAGCUGCACGUCUAGGGCCCACAGAAAUGGCUGCAUUCCAGGUGUGCUUGCAGGUCUGGUUGGCUACCUCUCUUCUCGCUGAUGGUUUGGCUGUUGCCGGACAGGCAAUACUAGCCAGUGCAUUUGCUAAGAAAGAGUUCAGUAAGGCAACUGCAACUGCAUCCCGUGUUCUUCAGCUAGGGAUAGCUCUUGGGCUGAUCCUUGCCAUGCUUCUUGGUGUUGGUUUACAUUUUGGAGCAAGACUAUUUACAAAAGACACCAAUGUUAUCGCCCUCAUUGGUGUUGGAAUCCCGUUUGUUGCAGCUACUCAGCCAAUCAAUGCAUUGGCCUUUGUUUUUGAUGGUGUGAACUUUGGUGCAUCAGACUUUGCAUACUCUGCCUACUCCAUGGUUACGGUGGCUAUCUUCAGCAUCAUACUUCUCUUCAUUCUUUCAUCAACGUUUGGAUUUGUUGGAAUCUGGGUUGCACUUACAAUAUACAUGAGUUUGAGAGCCAUGGCCGGCUUCUGGAGGAUAGGAACAGGAACAGGUCCAUGGAUGUUUCUCAGGAGCUGAAAGUCCCCAACUCUGUAGAAAGAUUUGAACUUUGUUUAGGGGAGGGGUGAUCUUUUUUCAUGCUAAUGUACAAUAUUUAGGUAACCAGCAGAUAGAGACAGAUAGUAAUAUCAUGAGUUAAUAUUGAUAUGCUCUGGCUUUGCUUAACUGUAAAGUGUAUGUAUUUCUUGAUUGUCAUCAGUCAAAUGUAGACUAGGCCGAGGUUUUGCAUGCAGAGUAUUUUUAGUUUUAUAUCCAACAAUCAAAGUGAAUAAAAUGAGUGUAGCAUUUUGGGUUAAGCUAGUUAAUUCAUUGAAUUU